AGACUUGUUUUAUAUGCACAAUUUCUAAUGUAAUGUCAUGGAAAAAUGUAGUUCAAUUGUGUUUAUACAUGGAUGUAAUCCUGCAACAAAUGUUCUUCGACGAUAAGUCAGAAUACUUUCAGAAUGCAAUUGUGCAGUUAUUCUUUAAUGGAUAAUGUAGUUCGAAAAAGAACUACCUGUUGUGUGCAAGAAAUUAAUAUCCAAGUAUGGUUAGCACUACAGUAUGAUAUUAAACACAAACAUCAGCCACAUAUGUAAACACAACUAUUCUGAAGUUAUAAGAAAGUACUGCCUAAAUAACGGGUGAAACACGAAGUUACAUGGAUGACAGGAAUAGGAGACGUAGGUCGCAGACGCGUUGAGUGGCGCCGUAGCGCAAAUAUAACUUGUUCCCUGUCACUGAAAUCCAGUUAUCACUGGCGAGUAAUACGAUUACAGCGAAUAUUAAUAACAUUGGUAAUUCUCAAUGUGUAUUGCAAAUGUAUAGGAGUACAUAGAAGCAAACAUAGAUAAGCUGAAAAGGUGGCUAGACGCUGCCCAGAGUAAAGAGGGGCUGCGUGGGCAUGCAGCAGCCUCAGUCACGCCCUCUUCUCGGGGACUCAGUAUCCUCUACAACUUCCCCGACUGCUCGGCGUAACAAUCCUGUUGCUGUUUUAACACAUCAACAAUUGCAACAAUUACAACAAUUACAGGCCCAAAAUUCGAGUGGUCAAUCACUGACAUUUGCUUUGCAACAAACAUCAAAUAAUCCGCAAGACCAAGGAAAUGGAUCAACGACUGGAAAUCACAUAGUAUAUGUAAACCAGCUAAAUCAUUUAAAUCAGGGUACCAUAAAUCCCUCGGGGACUGGUAUGGGCCUACCCCCGGCCACCCCCACUUUUGGGGUGGGCCUUAAUAUGGGAUUGCCACUAUCACUUCUAAAUACCAGCCUUACAUCCCUCACAUCUAAUGUUAUCACUACGUCAAAUCCUCUGCUCAAUUUGGGCCUGCCAAGUAUAAAUACAGGACUACCUACAAUAAAUCCUAGCCUGAAUCACUUGAAUGCUAUAAACUCCAAUUUAACUCCGAAUAUUGGUUCAAACAGUAUUAACAAUGGUUUAUCUGGUUUGGGGCAGGAUUUAAAUAAUAUAAAUACUGGAAUUAAUAGACUUAAUACGUUAAAUUCAACGAGUAUAAAUUCUGGGUUGUCCAAUGCUGGAAUUACUAAUGUAAAUCCAAAUUUGACGAAUUUAAACUCGAACGUGAACCAGAAUAUUACCAGUUUAAGCACAAACUUCACUUCCCCAAGUUCUGGUGUGUCUGGUUUAACUGCUAUCAAUCCAAACAUAAACGCAAAUUUGACUACUACAAGUAUAAAUUCUGGUGUGAAUCAAGGUCUCAAUCGACCUGUAAGUGCUUUAACAACUGGAUUGACUCAAACUAGUCUAAAUUCCAACAGUACGCAAUUUCCAUUCCAAACCAUACAAAGUAUACAAAGUAUUGCACCACACAUUGUUGGAUCAAAUAUUGCACAUGUACCAAGCUCUGCCAUAUCGCAACACCCAAAUUCUAAUGUUUCUACUAUUUCACAAAUAUCAAAUGCUGGCACUUUGACGAGUUCCAGUAUAUUCACUAGCACUUCCAGUGAACCGAUUCAUACAACCACAGCAAAUGUGAAUCACGCUUCGAACGUGAAUCUCACUACUAAUAUUCCACAUCUUGGUACAAUGCACUCAAAUAUAUCUAAUGUAACAACGUCUAAUGUACAGCAUAUAUCUGCAACGAACGAGCCGAAUAUGUCACUGAGUCAUACUUCUUCUUUAAGUUCCUCUCAAUCAACUGGAUUUCAACCUCAGCGACAGUAUUCGCAGGGAAUUAACCCUGGCUUAAGUUCGUCAGUUACAUUAACGGGCUCGUCUCAGCCAUCAAAUGUGGUCAGUACAAUAAAUACUGUAAAAUCUAUGCAAAAUAUUCAGAGUCAGAAUAUUAGUUCUCCAAGCAGUCCAUUUUCAAUACCGUUGAAAAGUCCAGCAUCUAAUAUUGCACCACCCACACCAAGCCCUAGUCCUAAUAGGCUAUUACUUAGAAGUCCAGCGUCAAAUUCAAUACAGUCGAACAGAAAUAGCCCAAGUCCUGUCGGGACGUCGACUUCAAAUAAUAAUUUUAAUAUACAAAUGCAAAGUCCAAUGCAGAGUCCAAUGAGUGUUAGCCAAAUUCAAAGUCCUGUACUUAGUCCAUAUCCUCCUGCGAAAAGUCCUCAUCUAUUAAGUGGAAAUAACUCUCUGAACAACAGAAGUCCAGCACCUGGAGGCAGUCCUGGUCCACCUGUGGUUAGACCUAAUACACCCAUACUUCAGCAAGGUAUGCAAGUAUUACAAAUAAUUCAUGGUGCACCACAGGGGUAUCAAUCCACGCCAACACAGCUAGUAACUAGAACGCAUCUUUUUGGAAAUCAACAAAUUCAAAUAGCAACAACUAAGCCUGCAAAACAACCUCCUCAAAUUUUACCAAAACCUCCUAAUCAGCAACCGACUGGAUCACAACAAAAACAACAACGGGUUACUACCACAAUUACCAAUCAAGUGACUCAACAAACUCAACCACAGUUAGUUCUUGCUGGGCCUCAACAAAAUCCCACAACAGCUACAAUGAUACCAACAGCACAGGGUCUUCUAUUGAAUCAGGUUUUGCCGUCAACUGGACCUGUUAUUGUACAGCAGCAACCAGGUGGUGUUCAACUUAUACUAAGAACGCCAGCAAGCGCCCAGCAACAAACACAUACUGCACAGCUAACACAACAGCAAUUAGUAAGAGUUGUCACGGCGCAAGGAAUGCAGUUGCAAGGCAUUACUCCUACGUUUUUCGCUGUACCUAAUGGAUUUCCUUCAGCUGCUUCUCCAGUAAUUAGACAUACUCCGUCUAGUCCAGCACCUUCUGCGAAUUCAGGGACUGGUAAUUCUAUAGUGAUUCAAAAUGCAAUGGUACAAAGUCCUCAACCGCAGAUUUCACAAGUGGGUUCAGGUACUAAUACCAGUAGUACUCCGUGCACGCAAACCGUUGUCGAACAGACAUUAUUACCACCACCUAAGAAGAAGGCAAAGAAAAAGAAGAAAGCCAAACGGAAAGACGACGAACCACCGAAAUUAGAUCUUGCUAGUAUAAUGAAAAUAUCAGGAAUUGGGGAUGACGAUGAUAUUUUUGAUACUGAUCUUACAACUGAAUCUGAUGUUUCAUGUCAAGUUCAAGUGGAAUCAAGUUCAGGGCAAAAUCUAGGACAACUUCCACCUCAAGUGACUAUACCAACCAGUUCUGCUCAGAAUCUGAUACAAGUACCUGCACCAAAUACAACGAAUACCCAAACUUCUGUCUCUCAAACACUUAAUAGUCAGCUUGUUGCCCAACUUCAGAUGCCUGUGCAGAACGCGAUACAGGGCCAAUUGCGAUUCGCUCUUGGAGAGGAUGGAAGGGUUGUUUUACACCGUACUUCAGAACCAAAUCAACCUGAAAUGGAUCAGACGACUGCUCAAGCAUUGAUACGAUCGUUAACGCAAGGCGGUGGACAAAAUUCACCGAUUAUUUCGCAUCUUCUUGGACAAGCGCAAACAACAACACAAACUACACAAAGUACUGUAUUACAAAAACAGAAAUUCGUGAAAUCGCCUCUAUCAUCUAGUGUUACAACAGUUGCUACUACCGUAAGUCCUACAGGUCCUCAAAGUGUUACUUGUGCUACUAGUCCACAACAUGUGCAAGUAUGCUCGAAACCAAGUAAUCAGCAGAAAAGUGUAAAUGUUCCUCAAGAAUCUAAUCCUGUGUUAAACGUUUGUGUCCAAAGCAACCUUGGAACUUUACAAACAUUGGAUAUGCAAGCCUCGAAAAGUAUUACCGUGCAAAAUCUUAUACCAACAUCGAAGACAUCAUCCAAUUCUAGCCUUGCACAGCCUAACAGUAAUGUCCUGACGACUUCUGAUGUUUUAUCAACAAAACCGUCGUGUACCACAUUCAAUGUGCAAAGUUCUCGAUUAAGUAAUACAAACCAAGCAACUACUAAUCAACAAAAUUCUAAUGUUUCUACACAAAAAUCUAGUCAAGUGCGGCUUACGAAUGCUUGUGUAACUACUAAUGUGCGACAAAAUCUAAAUAAAAUAUCACAAAGUGGUGCACAUGUUCAAAAGUCAUUACCAAAUAGUUUAACUGUACAAAAUGAACACAACAUGGCGAAAAAUAAUCAGAAUCUUCAGCAAGAAACUGUAACAUUACAACAAGAAACACCAAUAUUCCAGCAUAAUCAACACCAGCAAAUAACGGCGCAGACUGUGCAAACGCAAAACGUUCAACACGUUUUUGAACAAAAUCUUCAAACUUCUGGUUCGAAUGUUCAACACAAUUCUGUGAAUAUGUUGCAGCAACAAAGUUCUUGUAAUACCAUGCAGCAUGAUACUAUGAAUGUAUUACAACAUUCUAGUAUCCAACCAAAUAUAAUUAAUGUGUUACAGCAAAAUGCAGCUGGUAAUGUACAAAAUAUUGAGCAAAAUUUACAGUCCAGUAUCAGUGAUAUAGCUCAUGCGCAACAGAAUGUUAUCACCAGUAUGCAACAACAAAAUACAUCCGCUAUUUUACACAAUACGAGUGUACAACAGAAUGUGAAUGUGCAGCAACAGAAAGUUGUCGCGCAGGCGAACACGUUUUCUUCUGUUAAUGCACAACAUUUCGAAACUCAAAAUACGGCCAAUACUAUACAGCAAGGACUAAACACGCAACAAAAUAGUCAACAUCGAAAUAUUGUUAUAACGAAUGCUCCUGCUCCUUCAAGUACUAUUCAACAAAACGAAUCUCAGAAAGUAGAAACUCAAAGUACAACAAUGCUGAAUUCAGCUGCAAACAAUAUAUUAAACAAUGCACCGAAAAUUACACCUGAAAUUUUAAAUGCAUUGAGCAAUUUGAAUCCUAAUGAUCAAUUGUUAAUUGCAAAUGCAAACGGACAGAUGCAAGUAAUAAGUCAGCAGCUUUUACAACAGUUUUUAGCUGGGCAAUUAAAUGCAACCAACCAGGUACAAAAUCAAAACCAAACUCAAAAAAUAGUGAUUGGCGAGCCAGAUGGAAACAGUCAGAAUUUACAAGGUGUACAAAUCAAUACACCAACAAGUCAAAUAAUUGUAAAUAGUUCUGGUGGAGCUCCUACUAUUCAAAACAACAUACAAAAUAUUGUGGUACAAGCUGCACCUUCUCAAAUGCCCCAACAUAUACAGAUCCAAAAUUCCGGUUUUCCAAGUCAGUUUAUUGAUAAUCUAAAUCAACAGCAAAUCAGAAACACAGGUCAAACAAAUCAACCAAAGAAGGCAAAAAUUAUUAAAAGAACAAAAACUGUUACUACUCAGAAUGCUGGAAAUACCCAGGUAACCAAAACUGUUACGGUUUCCCGCCCAACAAUGAUACCAUCGAAUACAAGCAACCUUCAGAAGGUUGAUAAUUCUAAUAAAACAAAUGCUGUGGCAUCUCAAAGUACAAAUCCAAUUAAGAGUGAAUCUACUCAAAUUGUCACAAAUGGUCCUGUACUUCCAUCAUCUCCUGGAAGUCACUUAUCAGUUCCUUCAAAUGGUCAAAUGGUUCAAAGAGUGCAAACCAUUCAACUUCCUGCUCAAAAGCAGCAGUUACUAAAAAAUAUACAAUCACAAAUACAAGCUAUAUUAGCUCGUAAAUCGGGUUCACAACCAGAUCAAACCGUUUUGACGAAAUUAUAUCAAGAACAAGCGAAAAUCUUAGCAAGUGGAAAGAUUGUCAGUACUACAACACAUUCCCUUAGUAGUGGUUCAGAAGCAAGUUUCAAUGUAAAUGCAGUCUCAACAGUAGCAUCCACUAUAAUUCCUCAAAAUUCUUAUAAGAAUCAGACAUCGGCUGUACAAACGCAAACGCAAACAUCUACUAGUGUAGUAACUUCGCAAACUUUGAAUCCAAGUAUACCAGCUACUGCACACAGUAAUACAACUAAUAGUUAUAUGAAUAACCUUACAGUACCACAAACUGUACAAGGACAACAGUGUGUGCAGAAUAGUCAGAAUGUGCAUCAAACGCACGCAAAACAGCACAAAAAUUAUCAAAGUCAUGGAAACCAGAUAUUGAAUCCGUCCUCUGCCAAUAUGCAAAUAUUCUCACCACCAAUUACCUCAGUAGCUACCCUGCAGGGCAACGCACAACAAAUAACUCCAAUCCAAACACAACAAACAGCAAUGCAACAAUCGACACAAUGUCAAACUGAUCCAUUAGACAUUAAGCCAAACAUACAAAUAUCAAGUCCUGUUAAACAAGAACUAUCUUCACCUAUCCAAGUUCAAAGUGGGUCUCCUGCAGGCCAGGUAGCCUCACCGAGAAUGAUUGGCAAAGGACCACAGAGGAUUCAAAGUCCAGUAAACAGUAAUGGCAAUUCAAAUAAACAAAUUGUCAGUCCCAACAGUAAUACAAGUCCUUUAGUAAGUCCCAGACAAGGUGUAAAAAGGCCUGCGUCUAGCCCAAUUUGCAGACAAAUUAAUCGUAGUGACUUGUUAGAACAACAACUAAAAAUUGAUCAAAACGGUGCGAUAAAUCCGGAUGUGAACACACCAUUUUUGAGCAAACGCGAUGCUUGUAAGCGUCUUGUAAGAUAUCAUUGUUUGAAUGAACAAGUACUUAGUCCAAAGGAUUUGGCAAAAGCUGACGAGAUAUUCGAAGAAACAGCGAAACAUCUGUUAACAAAAUUCAAUUCUAUGAUGAACAAAUACACGUACCUUCUUCUAAUGGAAAGCAUGCGAGAAGUAAGGACAUCAGAACUAAUGAUGAUUGAUAGAACUUUUGUUGCCGAAGAACAAAAUAUAUUGAAUAGGUUGCGAGAACAAGAGGCUAAAGUUAAUGAAGAAUUAAAAAAGGAAGAAAAGCCAUUGGUGCCAAAGGUCGAACCUGGUCUUACAGAAGAAGACAAAUUAUCACCACCCUUAACUAAUGUAUCUGUAAAACGUGAAUUAGAAGAUGACUUUCCAAGUGACGAAAUGGAAUGUAAACCAGUGAUUAAAUCAGCAAGUUGUACUAGUGGUGAUUACGACGAGUGGUUGGAAAUUCAAAAGGAACUAGGUGUAUAUCCAUCUACCACAGACUCGUUCAAAUGUAAAAAUAGUAGUAGUAAUAGUGCAUGUGCUGUGGCUGUAACAAAAACGUCGAAAACAGAAAGAACACGAGCGAACGGUGAAUGUCGUACGAAUGUACCCAGUGCGAGUGUUUCUGGAGUUCAAAACACAGUUGUAAAAGACAGUUGUGAACAAGAUAAUACUCCAAUUUUUGAGAGACGUUGGAGUAGCGCUACAGACCUCGAACGAGAUCUGUUAGAAGAUACCGACAGCUUAGAUGGACUGGCCUUACAUUCUCAAACACAAUGUCCAGGCUCUCUUCACAUAAGUAAUGAGAGUGGCACUGGUAAUGAACACGAUGAUAUUACCGCACAGGUACAAUCUGCUAUCGAUAGCAUUCUUAAUCUUAAAAAACGUCCUACAAACACAUUACCUGGCAGUAGUGGUAACAGUGCAUCACAGUCCAGUGAAUCGAAGGACACAGUGCUUGACCAAGCAGUCCGCAGCAUUUUAGGCUCGUGA